AUGGAUGUCAUUGCUAAGUUUCCGCUUUCCUCCUCUGGGACAGGAUGUGCAGUUUCGCUGCUUAUAUUUGCAGUUAUCCUCCUGUUUGUCUUUCACAGAGGCCAGUCAUUCACCACCAUAAACUCGCACUCGUGGGAUGCUUUUCGUAGCAAAGCAAAGCGAGAAUUCGAAUCAAAUGCAGAGGGCCUCAUCAAGAAUGGAUUACGAAAGGGACUGUCACCCUUUCAAUUGGUAACUAAUAUGGGCACCUAUCUGAUCUUUCCAGACCGAUAUGCCGAGGAACUGAGGAAUGAUGAAAGGUUUAGUGCCUAUGAGGCAUUAAAUGAUGUGAUCCUGCUGGAACUUCCGGGCUUUGAGACUAUGUUCCAGGGCUCAUUGCAUAACCAUGUAUCCGCUACUGCAAUACACGCCAUGAAUAGGGAGCUAGUCCACUUAACUCGUCCGCUCUCAGAAGAAGCAGACCAGUGCCUUAAAGCGCAAUGGACCGAAAGUUCCGAAUGGCAUACUGUUUCAAUCCACGAGACUGUCUUGGCCUUGGUUGCCCAGAUGACCACGCGUGCAUUUGUCGGAUCUGAGCUCUGUCGUAAGGCCGAAUGGCUCGAUAUCGCCAUCAGCUUUACAAUUAAUCGAGCUAUUGCCGUCCAGGCAAUCCAGGCUUGGCCAUGGUUCCUACAACCUGUUGUCCACUGGUUCUUGCCCACCUGCAAGGCUGUUCGCCGCCAGAUUCAGCUAGCUCGAGAGAUCUUGAUGCCAGUUCUAGAGCGCGAACGUCAGACUAUUCACAGUAAUGACUCGUCCACCGACCGGGUAUUCUCCACAUUAAAAUUUAUUGAUGAGUAUGCUCAAGGGUCUCGCUAUGAUGCCACCAUGGCCCAGCUAAGACUGACCGCUGUGUCUGUCUUGACCACUUCAGACAUGGUGGAGAAGGUACUGGCAAGACUUUGCGAACAUCCAGAGCUAGUUCAGGCGCUCCGCGAGGAAAUAAUCUCGGUCUUCGAAAAUAGUCCGUUGCACCACAAGUCCCUACUACGACUGACACUUAUGGAGAGUGUUAUGAAAGAAAGUCAGCGGCUUGAACCUGCUACACUCAUAUCCAUGUUCCGUGUGGCCAAAAGCAAAGUCACCUUGCAAGAUGGCACAACUAUCCCUAAGGGUACCAGUCUUGCCUUUGCGAACGACCUUCGGCUGGAUCCCCUUAUGUAUCCCGAUCCCGAAACCUUCGAUGGUUAUCGAUUCGAAAGAAUGAGGAAAGUCCCGGAGCAGGCUAAUCUUGCCCCAUUUACCAAGACAAGGGCUAGCCACUUGGCUUUCGGUCAUGGGAAACAUGCUUGUCCAGGGCGAUUCCUUUCUUGUGAUGAAGCUAAAUUGAUUCUUUGUCAUAUUUUGCUGAAGUACGACUUCGAAGCAGUAGAUGGGCGCGUCCCGGAUCUGCAUACUCGUGGCAUGUUUAUCCAGAGGGAUGCGGGAGGAAUGCUCUCGGUGAGGAGACGCCAGGAGGAAGUCAUACUGUGA